AUGCUCGCGCACAAGAAACUCGAAAGGCUGCAGGCCAAGCUCGACGCCAUCUGCAGCGGCACGCAGCUCCCCGCGUCCCCCUCGCCGCCCGCCACACAGUCCCCCGCCACACCCCCCGUCAAACAAGAGCCCCCCCCCACGCCCGAGCGCCUCGACGCGCUGAAGGCGCGCCUGGCCGCGCUCGAGGCCAAGCGCGCGGCCCUGGAGGGCGCGACGGAGCCCGACGACGAUGCCGACGCUGCCGACGACGAUGGCCUCUUCGACGACGACGACGCGUUCGGGGGGGACGAGUCCGACAGCGGGGGGGGGAGUGAUUCGGAGCACGAGGAGUACACCCCCGGGGGCGGCGCGGCGAGGGUCGUCGCGCGCGGCGGCGACCAGCGCGCGCGGCGCGUGGCGCUGUGGAGGGCGCACGCGUCGGGCGACGGGCGUCAGGCGGAGGGGGUGAAGUUCCGCCUCCCCCGCGUCGUGCGCCAGGGCGGGCCGGGCCUCGGGUGCGAGGGCAACGCCAAGCUGUGCCUUGUCGCGCACUACUGCACGGCGGCGGACGCGGUGCUCGCCCUGCUGGGGAGCAGGCAGCUUGUGCAGAGUGCGUGGCGCGCGCACGAGCUGGAGGGGUUCAGCGGGUACGACGUGGCGCUGAUGGCCAUGAAGGACCUCUCGGUGCUGGGCGACAGCGAGGAGGACGUGCGGGCGGCGGUGCAGCAGACCAAGGGCGCGGUUGCGCAUUUCAGAGAGGCCAUGGAGGUCUCCGCGCGCAAGGCCGCCCUGAGCUUCCACGUCGACAUCGGGGGCGUCAAAGUGGGGGCCUUCCGCCGCACGGGGGGGAGUAAGUCCCGGCUCUGUCCGGCCAAGAACCUCGAGCCCAUCGUCACGUUCGAGCGCCUCGUGCUCAGCGGCGACGGCGCGACGCCGCUGCGGCUCGGCCCCGGGUCGCUGCUGCGGUGCCUGGCGGCGGGGUGCAUCGCGGGGUGCAGCAGGCGGGAGCUGCUGCUGAUGCCGGGCGGGGAGGAGCUGCGCGUGACGCCGGGGCUGCUGGCCGGCCUCCUCUUGCAGGCCGAGGACGCAUGCACGCCCAAGGACGUUCCUCUGCACGGCAGCGGCGCGCGCUGCGGCCGCCUGCAGCGCCUGCGCCACAUGUACGACACCUACGUGCGCCCGCUCACGUCGCUCCCGGACGGCGGCGGCGUCCUGCUGCCGCAGGCGCGCGUGGAGUCGUGGCUGCCCGGCGUGGGGUGGCUGCCGAUGGCGUUCUGCGUCCCGAAGCCCUACCUGAAGGACACGACGCUGCUGCCCGUAAGCAUUCCUGACAGCGACGUCGAAGGGCAGCGCGGGCACGACGGGAACGCGUGCGGUUCGCCUGAGGCGGGGCCGAGUCCGUGCGCCGGCACAGGGCGCGCAAAGGGCGACGGCGGCGCGCCGUGGCCGGCGCGUACUGCUGCGCUCAGCACGGACGCGGAAACGAAGCUGCUGCUGUUGACGUCGCAUGCCGGCACCGCCGCUGACGUCGUGCAGGCUCUGCUUGGCCGCGACGGCCUGGCGUCCGCGAGCACGCCAACGACCGGACCUGCCGACGCUCUCGAGCGGUGUCUGCAACGCGUGGCAGACCUUGCGAAGGCACCACGGGCAACGAAGGGUAGCGUAAGGCACAAAGUCACCAAGGCACUCGAUGCGAUCAAGGCGCACCUCAGGGCCGUGGACAGGGUGGUCCGAAAGGCUGCGUUGACAUUCAAGGUCGAAGCAGGCGUCGCGGGCUUUUCGCUGGGCGCGCGCGAGGGUCCGACCGCCCCGGCGUUUUGCUGUGCCAAUCGCGAAAGCAAACUCGGCCGGCUGUGCCCCUCCGAGGGCGUCGAGGCACAGGCCGCGUUCGAGAGGCUGGUGGUGCAGGACGGGCGGCUGAGGCUCGGCGCCGGGUCGCUGCUGCGGUGCCUGGCGACCGCAUGCAUCGCGGAGCUGCCUGGACGGGACCUGCUGGCGUCAGACGGCCAAGGGGGGGAGUUCCGCCUGACUCCGGCGCUGCUCGCGGGGCUGCUUGUCGAGGCUGAGGACAUGUGCACUCCGUCUGCGCGCAAGCCGGUCAACAGGCUCCCGGGCAGCAAGCUCACGCGCACGCGGCACAUGUUCGAGACCUACGUCAGGCCGCUCAUGAGUCAGCCCGACGGGGGGGGAGUGUUGCUUCCGGAGUCGCGGCUGGCGACGUGGCUGCCGGGUGUCGGCGCGCUGCCCAUGGCGUUCCGCGUCGGGGCGGACGACGUCUUGCGCUGCUACAUGAUGAACCCACAUCUCGCACUUUUGGCCGCGGGCAAUAAGCGCGCAGGUCCCGCUGCCGACGCGGGGGGGGGGUCCGCAAACCAGAAGAAGCUGAAGCAGGAGGCGUAG